AUGAUUCCCGAAACACAGAUUCCCACAAAGGCCUUUGUGGUUGAUGCACCGGGCUCGCCAUUUAUUCUUCGCGAUGUGAUUCUGGAUGAAGUGCGAAGUAAUGAGGUCCUGGUCGAGAUGAAGUACACAGGCCUCUGUCACACUGAUAUUGUUGUUCAGCAGGGAGCUAUUCCCGUUGGCGAUUACCCUGCUGUGCUUGGUCACGAAGGCGCCGGUGUUGUACGUCGCAUCGGCAGUGCCGUGAAAGACAAAACCUUAAGUGAAGGUGAUUUGGUUCUUCUGAGCUUUACCUCGUGCAACAGUUGCUCUGCCUGCGAUGAAGACCGCAAUGGAUUCUGUCCCAAUAUGACUGCACUUAACUUCGGUGGUGCACGUGGCAUGUCCGCUGCCGACUCGCCCAUCAAAUCUACUAGCGGUCAGCCCCUCCGAGGUCAAUUCUUUGGUCAGUCUUCAAUGAGCAAAUUGGCAAUUGUACCGGAUACAUCUGUGGUCAAGGCCUCUUCCAGUGUCACUGAAGACGACCUGGCUUUGCUUGCACCUCUGGGCUGUGGCUAUCUCACGGGAGCUGGCACGGUCAUCAACGUCCUUAAACCAAAGCCAACCUCCCGAUUUGCGAUUCUUGGAAUGGGAGCGGUCGGCCUUGCUGCAUUGUUAGCUGCAAGGGCUCAAGGCGUCGAGAAUGUUAUUGCGGUCGAUAUUGUUGAUAAAAAACUUGAACUUGCCAAGUCUCUAGGUGCUUCGCAUACUCUGAACACCAAGAGCGUCUCAUCUCUCAACGACGGGCUUCGUGAUCUGUUCUCAGAUGGGGUUGAUCAUAUUCUUGACACCACUGGUGUUGUUCCUCUCCUUGAAUCAGCUGUAAAGUCUCUGGGUCAUGAAGGCACUCUUGCCAUCGUGGGUGUUGCACCUGGUGGGUCAUCGCUUAGCAUCGAUCCGCUGGAGUUCAUGAUUAACUGCAAACGCAUUGUUGGUGCCAUUGAGGGCUCUUCAAACCCAGCCAAGCUUAUCCCCCAAUUAAUCAACUGGUAUAAGCAGGGCAAGUUCCCGGUCGACAGUCUGGCCAAAGUAUAUGAUUCAGACUCUUUGGAGCAAGCACUGGAAGAUCUACACAAGGGCAAAGUGAUUAAGCCGAUCAUCAAGUGGGGGGACCUUUGA